UUUUGCGACAGCAACUGAACGCAUCCUUCCUCUUCCUUGACUUAAUAGUGAGCGGAUAAGCGCGCGCACUAAGCUGCAAACCAUCACCUUCUCAUCUUUUUCUUUCCUUAUUUUUGUCUGAGACAUGGCGCAAAAAAACCCCAAAAGGAUUUUGAAAAGCGUCUUCAGCAAUCUUUCUAAGGAAGACUUCGAUGCGUUUCGCGACGCGCUCCUGGACCGCGGGGAGGUCCCUUGCGUAAAGGUGGAGGGGAAAAGCCGCCUGGAGGUCGGGAAUGUGAUGAUAAACACUUUCACGGAGCAGGGAGCUCUGAAGGUGGCAGAUGAAAUCCUCAGAGAGAUCGGCUGCUCCCAGGAUGCGGACAAACUCGCUAAAGAGGCAGGACCAGCGGGACCAGCAGGACCAGCAGGACCAGCAGGACCAGCGGGUGGAGCAGGACCAGCAGGACCAGCAGGCCCAGCAGGCCCAGCGGGACCAGCGGGUGCAGCCAUGGAGCACUUUGUGGACGUACACAUGGAGGAAUUGGUCCAGAGAGUGUCCUGUGUCGACCCCAUUUUGGAUGCGCUGUUGAAAAGAAAAGUCAUCCAACCCGAGGCUUAUGACACUAUAAUAGCUCUGCCAACCAAUCAAAAGAAGAUGAGGGAGCUCUACAAAGGUCCUUUCAGAAGCUCCGACACCUGCAAAGACAUCUUCCUCCAAAUCGUUGAGAAGCAGCAGCCGUUUCUCAUAGAUGACCUCAAAAGAAAGUAGUUUGUGAUGAAAUCAAAAAAUAGAAAAGAACCAAGAAAAUGUUUUCUCUGCAGAAGGAUAUAGGAAAGUCUUUUUGUAAUGUGUAAUAUUUUACACCUAUAUUUGCUGGAACUGUUAAGAUUUGAAAUCCCAGCCCUGAUCACUGAGCCUCAUAAACACCUCAUUUUAUAAAAGAAAAAAAAAGACAUUUGUGAUCUAGUUUUUUAAUUAAAAUAUGUAUUUUUUAUUAAUUACUGUUAUAAAUUGAUCAUGUAAUUUGACUCAAACUUCUAUGGGAAUGUUAUUGAUUUUCCUUAUUGAUUAAAUUAAGCCCAGAAUUGGAUAGAUUGAUAGAAAGUUUUUAACCAUCUACUAAGAAUUCACUAUUGGUUCUUCACUGAAAAUAAUCUGUGAUUUGAACAUGACUAUAAAAUCAUAAUUUUAAGUAA